CAGCUAUGUAACGCUUUUCGUCAGAACAUGGAGAUCGACCAGUGUCUGCUGGAGUCUCUGCCCAUCGGUCAGCGCCAGCGAUUGGUCAAAAGGAUGCGCUGCGACCAAAUAAGGGCGUACUACGAGCGGGAAAAGAGCCUCCAGCAGCGACAGCAAAGUGGAGUCAAGGGCCGAGUCCCGCCAACUGGACGCCGCAAGAAGCAGCAAGUCCGAUUUGGCCUUGCCGACAUCCUGCAGGACGCCAUCAUCCGACACGAUGACAAAGAAGUUCUGCGUCUCCUAAAGGACGGAGCUGACCCCAGCACUCCUAUUUCCUCUGGGGGAUCAUUGCUACACUUGUGCGCUCGCCAUGACAACGUGCUAGCAGCAGAGGUGCUGAUGGAGCGAGGCCUCAACGUCAACCUGCAAGACGAAGACCUGUGGACCGCCCUGCAUGUAGCAUGUGUGUGCGACCACGCUGACACGGUCCUGCUUUUGCUUCUGGCUGGAGUGAACGUUCUGCUGCAGGACGUCGACGGAAACGUCGCGCUGGACUAUGCCACAGAGGGAAGCGAAAGUCGCUAUAUUCUGCAAAAGCACCUGGAAGAAAAUGGUGUGGACGCGUCUUCCAUGCAUAGCAUGAGGACACAAAGACCCAAUGGCAUGCUAUCUGACAUCAGGCAGCUUGUAGCCACAGGGGUGGACCUCAAUCAACCCAAUGACGAUGGAGUCACUUUACUUCACAUAGCAUGUGCUAGCGGCUAUCGGGAUGCGGCGGCUGCGCUGUUAGAGAAUGGGGCCAAUCCGCAUCCUGUCACUCACAACUUUUGGACACCUCUCCAUCUUGCUGCCAAAUAUGGACAGACAAGCAUCGUUAAUCAACUCUUGAGGCAUGGAGCCAACCCUACACUGUUGAACUGCAACCAAGACAAGCCUUCAGACAUUGCUGCAUCAGAGCAUAUUGCAGACAUUCUUGUGACCAGUGAGGUAAACUGGCUCCAAAGACUGAAGGAUCCCUCCACCCCUGUGCUCUCCACGGACCAACGCUACGACAGCGGAUCACAUGACCUCAACACCCCUGUUAAAAACCUGAGUCCACUUGGCCUCCCCAUGUCGAAACGGGACAGCUUUCUGGAGAAGUGGGCCAUGUUCCGAGAGGCGGGUGGGGGGCUCAGUCGGAAGCCCUCGCUGGAUGAUGCCCGGGAUGGCCCUUUUAGCUCAGGGACAAGCAAACUGGAGCAGGUAAAACUAAUGCCUCCAGCGCCUAAUGACGACCUGGCGUCCCUCAGUGAGCUAACAGACAGUGGCUUGCUCUACGAGAUGCAGAAGCGUUUUGGCAACAACCAAAUAUAUACUUAUAUCGGACACAUUCUUUUGUUGGUCAACCCAAACAAAGAGCUGCCCAUCUACUCCACUCUGGUGAGCCAGUUGUACGUGAGCUCCACAGGCCGCCUCUGCUCCUCUUUGCCCCCUCACAUCUUCUCGUCGGCGGAGAGAGCUUACCACAUGAUGCUUCAGGAGAGACGACCCCAAUGUUUCAUCCUGAGUGGGGAAAGUGGUUCAGGGAAAACGGAGGCCUGCAAACACAUCGUACGACACCUAACAUCCAGAUCCAACCCUAAAGGCUUUGCGCUGGAAUCUCGAAUGAAACAUGUGAAUUGUAUUCUGGAAGCUUUCGGACACGCAAAGACGGAGAAGAAUAUCAACUCCAGUCGCUUUAUUAAAAUACUAAAUGUUCAGUACUGUGAGAAAAGGAGGAGUGUACUCAGAGCACGUGUGGACACGUACAUGCUGGAGAAGUCCCGUGUGGUCCAAUGUCCUCUUCACCAACACAAUUUCAACAUCUUCUACCUGAUGGCUGAAGGCCUGUCCCCUGAGGAGAAGAGUGCACUUUAUCUCAAUAACGUCUUGGCUCAUAGGUAUCUUAGUGGAGAUCAUCCAGGUGAGAAACAACCUAUAGCUGCAGCAUCUACAGAGAGCAGAGAGCGCCUCACUGCCCUUAAGCAAGCCUUUCAAGCUAUUGGUUUCAAUAAGCAGGAAAUAGAAUCAGUGUUCACCCUUCUCUCUGCCGUGCUCCAUAUUGGGGAUUUGCGUUUCACGGCGCCGACAGACACCGAUAGCGCCUUUCCUUUAGACCCGCAGCUGCUUGAGAGAGUUGCUGGAAUGCUGCAGGUGUGUUGUGGGGACCUAAGCAGUGCCCUAACCUCAGAUGUUCAGUACUUCAAAGGCGAUUUGAUCGCUCGACGUCACACGGUAGAGAUGGCCCAGCAGCACAGGGACCAACUUGCCAAGUCCAUCUACGCUCGACUCUUCAGCCAUCUGGUCAACUGGAUUAAUGACUACCUACAAGGACAGGAUGACAGAAUCAGUGACCCUGCUUUUGAAAUUGCAAUCCUGGACAUCUUUGGUUUUGAAGAAUUCCAGAGGAAUGGCUAUGAACAGCUGUGUGUCAACAUGAGCAACGAGCGACUGAGGCACUACGUUUCCGAGGUGCUAUUCCGGCAGGAGCGGGCUGAGUGUCUGCAGGAGGGCGUCGCCGUGGAGACCGUGCCAUCCCCUGGCAACCAGACGUCAGCUAUGGACUUUUUUUUCCAGAAGCCUCAAGGACUGCUCAGCGUUUUGGACGAAGAGAGCCAGAGUCUGCGGCCGACAGAGCAGAACCUCUACAAGAGGCUGUCGUCCCAGCUGGAGUCCAACCGCACUCACGGCCUCUCCUUCACCACCAAGGAUGGCAACGGAAACCCCCCACCCAAGGAUCAGGGACCUACCUUCACCGUCCGACACUAUACCGGACAGAUAGCGUAUGACCUCACAGGCUCGCUCAUGAAAAACAAGGACUCCCUUCCUCAGAACAUCUUGUUUACGAUGAAGUCCAGCGAGAGUGUUUUGCUACGGCAGCUAUUCCAGGCUAAAUUGACUCAGACCGGCUCUCUGGUACCGGCGGCCCCAAGCCGGAUGGGACUCAGGGGGCCCAAAGGCGCUCUGCUGCUCAACAGGACGCCACCUCCCCGACCACACAGGGGGUAUCAUGACCUAACUAAGGUGUUGAAGAAAAAAGGCUCCAACUCCUUCCUCCAACGACUUGAGCGCUGCGGUCCUAUCACAGUGGGAGUCCAACUCAGGAACUCACUGUCAGAGGUCAUCAGCAAGUUGCAGGCCUCCACAGCCCACUUUGUGGAGUGUGUGCGCCCCAACGCCAACGGCCGCCCUGACGCCUUCGACGGCUCACGUGUCGUCGCCCAACUGCGGCACAUUGGCGUGCUCGACAUGGUGCGCGCCAUCCGUUAUGGCUAUCCCGUGCGCUUGUCCUUUCCCGGCUUCCUCAGCAGAUACAAAGAUCUGGUUGUUCCGACGCUAGGCGACAAGAAGAAAUUGUCCGCGGAGGAGAAGUGUCGCCGUGUGUUGGAGAUGACCAAACUUCAGGGAUGGCAGAUGGGCAGCAGUAAAGUGUUUCUCAAAUACUGGCAGGCGGACCAGCUCAACGACCGCUGCUACCAACUGCGUAAAAAGAUCAUCACCUGCCAGAAAGUGGUGCGUGGAUGGCUUGUCCGGCGACGAGUCCGGCGUCGGCUGUCGUUGCGGCACAAGGACAAGGGAAGCGUGCAGCGCUUCCUGCAGGGGGCGGAGGACAUGGGGCUGCGCACCUACGACCGCCUGGUCAUCCAGAACGCGUCCGACAUCGCACGGGAGAGCGACCGUUUGCGCUCCCACGGGGUCCUCGGCAGCAGCCCCCCUCUUGGGGAGAGGCCUGAUCCCGUUGGCAAGGAGGAGGAGCAACCGGUUAAAAGGGUUAUUGAAAAAGUGGGAAAAGUCCACGAAGGAUCUGCGAACGGGGGAAUCCGAGCCAUUCGCCACUUUAGAUCCAGCUCAGUACCCGUACCCCUUCCCCUGUCCUUGGAAAACAUGUCACUUGCCCCUAUCGGCCCGACCGUCAAACCGACUCAGCAAGGCAAUCACACCAGUUUGGACAAUGGCGGCAAUUGUGCAGCAUCCUCACCUCGUAAGCAGCCUCCACCGAAACCAAAACGGGACCCCAAUACACGCCUGAGUGCUUCGUACGAGGUGGUUAGCGCCGGCUUGGUGAUGGCAGUCAAAGAGAGCCCCACUCCAGAAGGCUACGCAUCACCAGCUGGGAGUCCCCCCAAAUCCCAGCUGUCCCCGACAGACCCCGCAGGGUCCAAGCCCCGCCCUCACAGUGAUGACUACACAGCAAUGAGAAAGGUGCCCCCGCCCAAACCCAAGCGCAGUCCCAACACUAAGUUGACGGGCUCCUUCGAGGAAAUCAACGCCGUAGCACCCCUCCUCCACCAGCUCCGCCCUGCCGAUGCCAAGAUGGCGUCGUUGUCACGUGGCAAGAUACAGAAAGCGGCUUCUCUGGACGCUCCACAGGGUUUAGCGCUGAGUCUGCACCAGAGCCAAGAUGAUGAAGACAUCUACAUCGAGAUGCUGGGCUCUCGUAGCCUUCAGGAGCCACCUGACAGCCCUGAAGAAACCGAGUCAGAAGCUGUCUACGAGGAGAUGACUUUCUUCCCUCCUGAUGACGCCGCACCUUCGCCCGCCGUCGCGACAAAACCGACCAAGCUGGAGGCUCUCAGUUUGGGCCUGGUGAUGCCUGUCAUGUGUCCCCCUCAGAGCGAGGAGAGUAAGCAGCUGACGUCGGGGGUGGUGGCAUCUUUGGACAUCGCUCACUCAAACAAAGUGUCAAUGGGCAGCACCCCCAGGAAUCUAUCUGGAAAAGACGGCAGUUGUGACAUUCCGGCCCCCUUUCCCAACUUACUCCCACAUCGACCGCCUCUUUUGGUGUUCCCGCCAUCCCCCGUCACCUGCUCCCCAGCUUCAGACGAAUCCCCGCUCACUCCGUUGGAAGUCAAAAAGCUGCCGGUUUUCGAGACUAAUCUCAACUAUUCUGCCACUCCAGACAGCCCACUGUCGCCUCAAUAUGUGCGCCAGAGGGCCGACUCUUCCCCGAGCCUUACAGUCCUCAUGCCGGAGAAGAAGGGUACCCCUCCACUCACUCCGCCGCUUCCUCUUUCAACCACCGGUGUCCCUCCUCCUCCAUACCGACCACCUUCCCACUUUACUUUCCCACCUGAGGCCAGCUUCCUUGCAUUGACCCGCACCGCUUCUGUAACCGGCACUCAGUCCGACUCCUCCAAGACUUUACCGUCCCAAAGGCCGAGCGCGGAGCCUCUGGGAAAGCCACCGCCUUACUCUCCGGGAAAGAUGUCCCGUCCUGAACCUCGCAGAGCUCAUUCCUGCUCCUCCUCGCCCCUGCUCUUUAACCCGGCCAACGGAAGACCGCUAACCAGCCCCCUGGAUGAGCUCAACACCUUGUUCAGCACCGGACGCAGCUUACUGAGGAAGUCUUCGACGGGUCGCAAGAUGCGAGAUGGAGGUUUCAACUCCAAUAUCAAUUUACCUGGCCGGGAAGAUUGUGGCUCCGCCCCGUCCUCCCCAUCACUGCAGCUACAAGACAAGAAUGCCAACAAUCAUUCUAUUCACCCAUUAAAUCAGGCCCCUGUUGAGAAUGGCAACCAGAUAUCCAACGGUUCACUAGAGGACGAGAAUCAUGUCAAGUCAAACAUGUCUACAUCCUCUCUGCACAGGCACAUGGAUAGCCACCAUACGCAGGCACUCCGGAGGCUACGUCUUAGCAACGGGGAUGCCGGCACGACAAUUCGGGAGCUGCUGCGAUGGCGUCAGGCGCAGAGCGAGGGGCGGGGCGGCUGGAAGCACAGUCCUCCGUCCCCGCCCCUGCCGCCUGCGCUGCUCUGGUCCAGCAGGAAGACUUCGCCGUGA